AUGGAGGGUUCAGAGAAUCAAAGAUCCACCAGAUCCUACUUGUCACCGUUGUUGGCGGGAGCUCUGGCCGGUGUGUCUGUGGAUGUAACUCUGUAUCCUUUAGACACUAUUAAAACUCGUCUUCAAAGCCAACAGGGCUUCUACAAGGCCGGUGGCUUCAGAGGAGUGUACCAAGGUCUAUUAACAGUAGCCACAGCGUCUAUGCCAACUACAGCCCUGUUCUUUGCUUGUUACGAGGCCACUAAGAAUAUCUGCACACCAAUGGUGUCACCACAAUAUGCUCCUUUAGUGUACAUGCUAUCAGCGAGUGUCGGAGAAGUUUGUGCAUGUGUAGUGCGUGUGCCGGCAGAAGUAGCCAAGCAGAGGAAACAGACAUACGUGGGGACAGAGAAGUGUAGCAGUAUAGGGAUACUUAUGAAGGCGUUCAGGUUGCAAGGUGUGAGCGGCGUGUACCGCGGCUUCCUGUCCACGGUGCUCCGCGACCUGCCCUUCAGUUUCCUGGAGCUGCCUCUGUGGGAGCUCCUCAAGCAGCAGGUCCGGGACAGGAACGACGGACACAUCACCAGCCUGCAGAGUGCAGCGUGCGGGUCGCUGGCGGGCGGCGCGGCGGCGGCUGCGACUACGCCCCUGGACCUUGCCAAGACCCGCAUCAUGUUAGCUGAGUGUGCCCGCCGCCCGUCCAUCGGGCCCGUGCUGCACGACAUCUACCUGCAGGGCGGCCUGCGCGGUCUGUUCGCGGGCUUGCUGCCGAGGGUCACCGCCUUCAUGCUGGGCGGGUUCGUGUUCUUCGGGGUCUACGAUGAUACUAAGAGGCUGUUCGACGACUACUUCCACAGAUAA